UAGAGAAGAAGGUUAUUUUCUAUCUAUUAGCGAUGUCAGAAGACGAACAAUUUGAAGAUUCUGAACAAUAUGAAGAUGAACAGGAUGAUAGAGAACUCAUUACAUGGGUUAAAGCCAAUUCUUUUUUGUAUAAUAAAUCGGAAAAACUUUAUAGUAAUAAUGAAGUGAAGAACUCAGCUUGGGAUGCUAUUGGUAAUAACUUGACGAACAAAAAAACAGGUCCUGAGGCUGAGCAUAGAUUUUUUCAAUUGCGACAACGGUUCGGAAGAGAAAGAAAAAAAGUUAUUCAAUCUCAGCCUCGAUCAGGUGCUGGAACUAGCCAGCCAACAUAUUCAUCUAAAUGGAUUCUUUACAAUGACUUGAUGUUUCUGGCAGAUGUGAUAAAACAUCGAAAAACUACUACUAAUUAUAAAAGGAUACAUCCAAAGUCUCAAGCAAUACAAGUGCCAAAGUCUCAAGCAAUACAACAGGUGAACUUGCCUACAUCUCUAAAUUUAGCUUCUAAAUCAAAUUCUUCAUCAAGCUUGUGGAAUGAAGAAUUGAGUAUUAAUUCACCUGAUGAUGUUCCCGAAUAUUCAAAUAUGUCUGACAAUGAGUCUUUAUCAGCUUUGCAAACAUCUCAAAGCUCACCGCAAUCUGUUGGACGUUCUUCGUUUGCAGACUCUUUAAAUAUGCCUGACAAUGAGUCUUUAGCAGCUUUGCAAAUACCUCAAAGCUCAUCCCAAUCUGUUGGACGUUCUUCGUUUGCAGUCUCUGAUAGUAGUAGAAUAGCUUCCUUAAAAAAAAUACAAGCUAUUACUCGUGAAAAGCGUGUUCCAGAGUUAGAUUCCUUUGCCAAACGAAAAAAGCAGGAUAUGGAUAAAUUCAAUCAAUCAAUAAGUAAACAAUCACAAUCUUUAACUGCUUUGGCACAAAAAGUAGAGAGUGCAAUUUCAGUUCAUACUACACCAUCUGAACCUCAAGUUACAGACUCUUUAAAUUCACUUCGACCUGAUAUAAGAGCUAUGUUGAGUGUCAUAGCAUUUUCUUUGCAAAAACUUUCUGAGUCAAAACAAUUGGAUUUUCUAAUUACCAUCAUACAAUUAUUAAAACAACAUACUGAGGGUGAUGCAACAACGCAAGAUGGAUAA